UAACAUUGCCGGGCGAAGGAGAUGAUCACGAGCGCCGUACGUGGUUAACUAAAAUAGAUUUUGUAAUAUUUUUACGUAUUGUGGUCUGUUAUCAAGGCAAACGAACUUUUACACGAUCAUUACAGACUUGGUUAUUACAGGUUAUAGGUAAAAGUACUUUGUUGUGACAAAAAAUACUGUAAUGUUUAAAUUGCUGUUGAGCUCUGUGAUAACUCAGGCCAGUUGUCAAGAGGUGGGUAAGUUUUUUAACUUUAUAACGAUAAGUUUUUCAUAAACUAAAAUCUACUUUUACUUCAAUAAAUAUGUCUCUUAUGAUUCACGCAAUUUUAUGCUGUAAUGAUGCCCUUGGGCUGUCCGCCCUUGAACUACAGAAACGUCACUUCGCUUCAGUGGCCUUAUUUGCUUAUAUCACCUGUUAUCUAAUUUUUGACUCAUUAUCGACCAGAUUAAAAUACGUAUUCCAAAUACAAAAAUAACCAACUUUACACUUAUGUUUACUCCUUAAUUUGAAGUAGGUAACACAUUUAAAUAAAGAAGGUUAAAUAGCUUUAAUAAUAACUGAAAUUUAUAUUACUACUCACCUCAACUCACCAAAGAGACUUGCUCCAAUGCAGUUGCAACCAUUAGAUUCUCUUUUCAAAUUUAUUUAUUGAAUUUGGAAUGUAUUAUGAUGACUAUGAUGCUGCCAGAGUUGCAUGUUGUUAUACACUGCUCUGUAUCAGCCUUAUAUAAAGUGUAAACUGAUUGAGGUAGCAUGUGUACAGUAGACAAGAUAACACUAUACUCUUAUCAGUUACGUCAAUUGACCAGGGCAUCAAUUCAGUAUGAAUUGUGUAUCCUCAGCAAUAUGACUUCACGUCGGGGGGCUGGUUAUUUAAAAAGGGCAGAUUCAGAAAAACUCCAUGAGAUAUUUCUGAAGUAUGCCACCGUUGAAAAGAAUGGUGAAAAACAAAUCAGUAGUGAAGAUUUUGUCAGAAAGUUUCUAGGAUUAUUUGAUGAAGAUGACUACAACAAGGAGUCUGUUAAGCUCAUCGCGGGCAUCGUGGAUAUGGACAAGGAUGGGUACAUCUCCUUCUCCGAGUUCCAGGCCUUCGAGGGGCUUCUGUGUGUGCCCGACGCACUGUACAAAACUGCCUUCCAGCUGUUCGACACCAACGGCAACGGACUCGUGGCAUUUGACGAGUUUGCAGAAGUCAUGCGCAAAACGGUCCUACACAAGAAGUUGCCUUUCAACAUGGAAUCAACAUUCGUCCGCUUAUACUUUGGCAAGGACCGGAAGCGGUUGGUGACGUACCAGGAGUUCAGUCAGUUCCUCCAUGACUUCCACGAGGAGUAUGGAGUGGAAGCGUUCAAGAAUAAAGAUAAGGAUGGUACCGGGUUCAUCAGUGCUGGUGACUUCAGAGACAUCAUGAUGUCCGUCAAAAGCCAUCUGCUGACCAAGGAUCUGAAGACCAAAGUUAUUAAUGCAUCGGGCUUCCCACAAGGCGAACGCAAGAUAAGCUUCCCUUACUAUAUGGCGUUCAAUUCUCUCCUCAACAACAUGGAACUCAUCAAGCGAGUCUAUUUGAACGCUACCAACGGGCACAGAACUCAGGAGGUCACCAAGGAAGAGUUCCUCCAUUCGGCUCAGAUGAUGAGUCAGAUCACACCGCUGGAAGUGGAGAUACUGUUUACCCUGUGCGAAAUGAUCAACCAUUCGAACGGCCGCAUCAUUUAUAACGAUCUCAACUUGAUCACACCGGAGCAAUACUUCAAGCAAGUCACACGAAGAGUCGCAGAAAUCAAAGCGGUCUCGAGUCCCGAGGAGCGCAGUGUACUUAUUCAAAUAUUGGAGAGCACAUACAGAUUCACCCUUGGUUCUAUCGCUGGUGCUGUGGGGGCAUCCGCCGUAUACCCUAUCGACUUGGUCAAGACUCGUAUGCAGAACCAACGCACCGGGUCGUUCAUCGGCGAAGUGGCGUAUCGAAACUCUUGGGACUGCUUCAAGAAAGUCGUGCGGCACGAAGGCACCUUCGGCCUGUACCGCGGGCUCGUGCCGCAGCUGAUCGGCGUCGCUCCGGAGAAGGCCAUCAAGCUAACGAUGAACGACUUGGUUCGUGACAAGUUCAUGGACAAAAAUGGCAAUAUUCAACUUUACGCGGAAAUCCUCGCUGGCGCAUGCGCGGGUGGUUCUCAAGUAGUAUUCACCAAUCCCCUGGAAAUCGUGAAGAUCCGUCUCCAAGUGGCCGGUGAAAUCGCUAGCGGGCAGAAAGUCCGCGCCUGGUCCGUUGUCAAGGAUCUAGGGCUCUUCGGCCUUUAUAAGGGGGCGAAGGCCUGCCUGCUUCGGGACGUGCCUUUUAGCGCUAUUUACUUCCCGGCGUAUGCGCAUGUUAAGGCAAAAUUUGCUGACGACAACGGCUACAAUCACCCGAUGACUCUUCUAGCAGCCGGUGCCAUCGCUGGCAUUCCCGCUGCUUCUCUCGUAACGCCCGCUGACGUCAUCAAGACUCGCCUGCAGGUUGUUGCGAGAACUGGUCAAACAACGUAUAACGGCGUAAUAGACGCUGCUAGGAAAAUUUAUGCUGAAGAAGGAUUCAGAGCGUUCUGGAAAGGUGCCGUAGCCCGAGUGUUCCGUUCUUCACCACAGUUCGGUGUAACUCUAGUCACAUAUGAAAUUCUCCAGCGUUUGUUCUACGUCGACUUCGGAGGAUCUCGACCAAGUGGCUCAGAAUUGCACGUUUCGACCCCCAUAGAAGAGUCUCGCAAAAAACCUCAGCACAUCGGCGGAUACGAAGUUGCCAUCCCAGUGCUUACUGGCUUAGAGACCAAAUUCGGUAUCUCUCUGCCUCGUUUCUCGUUCGUCAAACCAGCGCCGCAGUAGAAAAACACCAGGUAAUGUAAGAAAUAUCGACCGUAUUGCGUUCACACUAAAGAUUUAUAUCGAGAAUUAGCGUAGCAAUAGGAAAUAUAGACCGUAUUGCGUUCACUCUAAAGUUUAAAUCGACAAUUUGAGUUGCUGAUAAAGUUUCUGACAGUCGUCUCAGUAAAAACAAACCAGGUAAAAUGAGAAAUGCCGACCGUAUUGCGUUCCUGAUAAAGUUUCUAAUAGUUAUCUGUCAUAUAAAACUAUCUACAGGCCUCGAGACCUAGUUUGGUAUCUCUGUCUCGUUUCUCGUUCGUCAAGCCAGCGUCGCAGUAAAAAAUACCAGAUAACGUAAGGAAUAUCGACCGUAUUGCGUUCACUCUAAAGGUUUAAUCGACAAUUUGAGUGACUGAUAGAAUUUGUGAUAGUUAUGUCAUAUUAAACUAAUCUCGUUCGUCAAGCCAGCGUCACAGUAAAAAAAAUACCAGAUAACGUAAGGAAUAUCGACCGUAUUGCAUUCACUCUAAAGUUUAAAACGACAAUUUGAGUGGCUGAUAAAAUUUGUGAUAGUUAUCUGCCAUAUAAAACUAACUAUCUACAGGCCUCGAGACCUAGUUUGGUAUCUCUCUGUCCCGUUUCUCGUUCGUCAAGCCAGCGUCACAGUAAAAAAUACCAGAUAACGUAAGGAAUAUCGACCGUAUUGCGUUAAGUCUAAAGUUUUAAUCGUCAAUUUGAGGAACUGAUAAAUUUUGUGAUAGUUAUCUACCAUAUAAAACUAACUAUCUACAGGCCUCGAGACCUAGUUUGGUAUCUCUCUGCCUCGUUUCUCGUUCGUCAAGCCAGCAUCGCAGUAAAAAAUACCAGAUAACGUGAGGAAUAUCGACCGUAUUGCGUUCACUCUUAAGUUUAAAACGACAAUUUGAGUUACUGAUAAAAUUAGUGAUAGUUAUCUGCCAUAUGAAACUAACUAUCUACAGGCCUCGAGACCAAGUUUGGUAUCUCUCUGCCUCGGUUCUCGUUCUUUCAACUUCUCUGUAGAAAUAGACCUGGUAACACGCAAAAUUAGAGCUUAUUGCGUUCAAUAUAGUUUUGUAUCGAGAAACUUGUGGCCAGUUCCUUAUAAAGUUUCCGAUACAAGUUGCUGAUUAGCAGUGGCGGCGCUAGACCACAUGUGGACGUCGGCGACAUCAAGUUCGCGGGGCCUAUUUUAAAUCGCAGUAAAAAACCGUUAAAUUAAGUGAGCCAAAUUAUAAAAUAACGUAUGAGUAAACGAGUUUUAUUGUUGAUAAUCAAAUGAUGACAAAAAAUUAUUACAAGUAGAAAUUUAAUUACAAAAAUAGUGUUGCCAGACAGACGAUUCUGAAUACCCGUAAAGUAGUACUCGCUUCCAUUACGCACGUGUUCGAAAAUAAUAAAAGUUAUUAUCAUCUGCUUAGCUUUUUCCCCGAAUUGUUCGGGGUCGGCAGGCCAGGAGAAACGAAAAUAAAUAGGUAACUUGUAAAAUAUUUUUGCGAGGCCCCCUCAUGCGCGAGGCCGACGUCGCCGACACCUAGCGGCGCCACUGCUGAUUAGCAUAAAAAUGCUAAGAUGUACAAGUGUUUUGAUAUUUGUAAGUCCCUGGUAUUUCGGUACUGGUGCAAGUAGGGUUACCAUCCGUCCGGAUUAGCCGGGACUUUUAGACUAUAGUCCGGACUUUGUCUGGAUCUUUAAAUAGGGGUGAUGACAGGGUACAGUAAACGAAAUUCUAUUUAGUCCGUCAGUUAGAUGAUCAAAAAAUAAUGGACACGUAUUUUUUCUUUGGGCAAUCAACCAAAAAAUGACAAAGUUAUAGCGCGUCAGUUUGGGAGUAGGGGCUCGUGACGUCACUUUUGAGUGAAUUUUCACUUAUAAGUGUACUCAAAUGUGACGUCAUGCAACAUUUCAAAUCAAUAUAUCUCUGCAAUGUUUAUAUUAUGUGAAAAAAGAAAAAUACGUGUCCAAUAUUUUUUGAUAAACUACCUGAUAAACGAAGAAAAAAAAAUUAGUCACCAUCCCUUUAUUACAUUCAAUAUGAAUAAUAAAAUCGAAUUAAAAUAUCAUACCAUUGUAACAAAGUGAGUAAUAGUAACAUUUUAUAACUAAAAAGUCGGGACUUUUUUGGAAAUGUCAGGAUUUUUGUCAGGGCUUUUGAAAUUACUAAAUGGUAACCCUAGGUGCAAGUGACAUGAUAAGUAACUGUUACUGGUAACACUGACACGUAGUCGUGAAGUUAAAAACAGAAUAAAAUUUGCUUAUAUCAGGAACUAAAUCUUAUUGAUGUUCAGUAACUGUGUAACCAAAAUCUAUGGGUUAUCUGACUUAGAAGUACCAUAUAGGCUAUCAGAAUCUUUAUUAGCAAGUGGCGAAUGAACUAUGUACUAAGAGAAAGGCAAAAAUUAAACGCAAGUUCUCGAAAUAAGAAAUAUUGGCGAUGUUUUAGUUAGCAACUGAUUGAAGCUUAAUUUACAAUGUAGAAUUAAAAUAAUUAUUCGAGUUUUGCAAUCAUUUAAGUAUGUGAACACGAAACAGCAAUGUUACAGUAUUUUUUGUCAGUUUUCGAUCUUAUUUUCAAUGCAGUUAAGUUUAGUAUCAGAUGCAAAGUGUUUAUUUUGGAAAAUAUUCUUUAUGAUCGCUAUUUUGAAGUUCCUUUUACUAAACCUCAGUAUAUAUUGUAUUUUUUAUACUAUUUUGUAGGUUAUAAUAUAUAAUUAAUAAAUUAUACCGAUUCAUGGUACUAUUUGAGAUUAAUUCUGUGACUCAUCUGUAAUGUAAGAUCGGCAAAAUUUUUAAUCAAUUAAUCGCCUUACUUAUAAAAAAUAACUAAUAGAUUAAAAAAAGAAUCACUAUGAUUUGAUAACUAAUUAAUAGUUAAAAAAUAUAGCGCGUCUUGUACCCAUGUGUUGCUAACAUUUUUGUAUUAAAGCUAAACAAACAUCUUUAAAUACCAGUCAAAUAAUUAUUUGUUAUUUCUAUAAGCAAGGCUAAUUAUUACUUAACUUUUGUGUUAAAGAAAUAUACUUAAAUAAAUUUUAUAAUUGUUGUGACAAACACCAACAGAAGAUGUCGGUAAUCAAAGUAAUCUUAUGUUCGUUUGUCUUUCACAGCGUCACUUACGAACUAAAAGACAUGUAAUUAUUUUAGAUAUUAAAUCUUUGGCAUUUCUCUUUGAAAAUCCUCCACAGUGGUGAUUUUUAUUUAUAUACUUGUUUAUUAGUUUUAAGCGACAAUCGAAAUUUUUAUCUGUUGAUUUGUUUUGUUAUGACUUUUUUUUAUUUUGUAAGAGAGAAUCAUAGAGUUUUCAGAAUCACACUUAUUUAUUUUACCAUAGAGCACUGCCUUUGUUUACGCUUAAUAUGUUCAAUCUAAUCUUUUUUGAGCCAGUAUACAUUUAACACGAUAUAUUCUGAAAAUGUGUUGAAAAACAUACCCUAUUCGGUUAUAAUACAGUUGGUUAUUUGAUUUGAAUAAUUUAUUUCUGAAGGUAACUUGUUAUAAGUUUAUCGAUCUAAUAUCAUCAGUAAUGAUCAUUUUACUAAAAGAAAGGAAUAAGCAGAGCGAUGUCUUUGCAUUGGGUGCUAGUACAUUAGUUUUGAAACUCAACGACAAAAUUUUAUUACAACAAUAAAAUUUAAUAAAAAUAAAUACAAACAAAAUAAGAAUAUUCUGAGUUUCUCGAACAUUUUAAUAGCAAAUUAACUAUUUAGCAAUUUUAAAAGAUUUAAGAGUUUGGAAAUUGUUAUAUCGAUUUGAAAUAUUUGUACAGUCAAGUUAUAGUUAUGUUGACAACUUUAGGCUGUAUUCGGAUAUUGUCAGUCGUCUAUAAAAAUAACUAAUUACAAUAAAAAAAAAAGUUUCUUGCAGUAAUGGGUGUGCAAUUUAGGAAACGGCUACCUUGCAGUCUUUAUGACUGCAAGCGAAUCUAGAAUCAAAACUCCGAAAAUCUUUACGUGUUCAGCAUAAAGUUGAAAUUUUAAUGAUUAUGACAUUGCUACAACUUGAUCAAAUCGACUUAAAUUACAAUUACAAAAGCGUCAAACCGCUACGAGAUUGUACAAAACGAUUCGAAUUACCUUACUUUAAGCGUUUUGUUAUACUAAUGAGAUUAACAAUGUAUUUUUAGAGAACCGUAGCUAGAAUAAUUGACAUGAAACUCUUACUAUUUCGUAUUGAGUAGCUAGAACGCAACAUAGGCACAUGAAGAUGUUCUGCUGUGUAAAAGCUUCUAUAGAAUUUUUCUCCUAAAAUUUCUUGAAUCUACUAUUUAUGGGUUAAAUAUAUGACGAAAAGAUGACUAAAAUGGAUUUUUUCUCCCUUAUUAAAAAAACAUGUGACAUCGUUAAAAUCUAAUGCUGUCUCUGCCUUUUUUUUAGCGAAUAAAAAGGACAGUAUAUUUUUAGACCGAAUUUAACUUUAGUCAACGUUUUCUAAUAAGGAGAUUUCAGUUCACGUGUCACAGUCUUUACCACAGGAAUGCCGCUCCUAGCACCUAAAUAUCGCACAUUGAUAAGAAGAGUGACACUAACCAAAAAAGCUAUUUUUUACGACUUUUGCGAUCGUGUUUAAUGCUCUGUGCAAUAGAAAUCAUAACAUAUUGAUUUUUGGAGUUUACUCCUUAAGAAAGAUAAGAUAAGGGGCCCGGUAUGAGAAAAAUGUGAGGAGUAAAAUCUAUCGAUGAAUGACAUUAAUGACCUCGUUACGUUUUUGUGCGCAACCUCAUCUGCGCACCUUUCACUUUUAGCCAUGGCAACGGAUAAAAAGCAUUAAGUUGUCACAAAUGUCAAUAAAAUAAAUAAACUAAAAAUAGAUAAAAAUCGGAGCAAAAUUAAUGAAAACAAAUAAAUAACAGAAUUUAGAGAAAUGCCGGUAAGUGUCCAGCACUCUGGAAUAGUGAUUUUCAGUACAGAUGGAAUUAUAAUACAUAUUUACAAAAUGAUGACUGUGUGUGAUAUUUUUGAAAUUGUGUGUUUCCAGAAAUACAUAAUAAAAUAUAUGAUGAAUAUCGCUGAUGUUAGAUGAUAAAAUGUGUGACAUAGAACCUAUGAUAGUCGAAACCAUGGGACGAUUCCUGAGGUAUCUCUACUUGUAACCGACUUCUUGGGACUUGAUUUUGUUUUGUGUCUGUUCAAAGACAAUCGUUUUUAGAGUGUAAACUCUGGUCGUGCGUCGGAGCUGACACACACAAUUUUUUUUAUUCUUUCUGGUGCAAAAGUCGUAAUUACUGUUUGGUAAAACAUUAAAUGCUUCUACUGAAAAAAUACCUUUUUUGGUUAGUGUCACUCUUAUCAAUGUGCGAUAUGUGAAAUGUAUCCAAUCCACUAAAACCUUGUAAAGUGUAUACCUAAAUAAACCAAACAAUUAUGAAAAUAUGUAAAUUAUCUAGAAAUAUUUUUUCGGAAAAUUGUAAAAGAUUCUCUAAUGUUGAUAUUAUUUUAUAUAAUUGUUAUAUAAAAUUGAUUUUAUGCUCAAAAUUUUUAUUGUAAAUUUAAUUACUAACUGCAGUCAUCAAACUAAUUCCUCGUACCAAGGUUUUACUACGUAUACAGAUAAUAGUUAUUCAUCUUCUUGAAGAUAAGGUAGAGAAUCACUUGUCUCUCCAGAAUAGAUUUCUUAUAUGCCUAAGCGUUUUAGUAGGUAUAGAAUACCUAAAAUAGCUCUUUUAGCAUUAUAACAAAGCGGUGAAACUAGAAAGCUAAAGCUGCCAAUAGGGGUGAUGACGGGGUACAGUAAACGAAAUUCUAUUUAGUCCGUCAAUUAGAUGAUCAAAAAAUAAUGGACACAAAUUUUUUCUUUGGGCAAUCGACCAAAAAAUGACAAAGUUAUAGCGCGUCAAAGUUUCGGAGUAGGGGCUCGUGACGUCACUUUUUCGUGAAUAUUCGCUUAAAAGUGUACUCAAACGUGACGUCAUGCGACUUUUCAAAUCAAUAUAUCUGCAAUGUUUAUAUUAUGUGAAAAAAGAAAAAAUACGUGUCCAAUACUUUUUGAUAAUCUACCUGAUAAACGAAGAAAAAAAAUUAGUCAUCAACCCUAUUACAAUUGAGAACUAAAAUAUUGUAGAUCACGUCUAACUCUUUCAUUAGGAAAACUAUAUAGGUUUAUAAGCAACUAUCUUAGAACUACAAAUUUUCUCAAUCUCAUUAGGCUCUCUUUAAAGUUUUGCUCCAAAUAAUAAAGAUAACUUUCCAAAACAUGCGCUUAAGCAGAUUUAAAACUGAAGUAUUUUUGUAACUUUAUUUUUUAUAUACAUACUUACAUAUUCCAUAUCAACACAAGGGAAAUAACUUCAUUACUAGACUUGCAACGAAUAUUCGGUUACUAUUCGGUAUUCGGCCUAUUCGGCUGCUUUUAUUAUAUUCGUCCGAAUACCGAAUAUCUACAUAUUAUUCGGCCGAAUACCGAAUACUUAAAUAAUAUAUUUUGUCAUAGAGAAAAAAUUGGUAAAAUGAAAAAUUUUAAUCGAUUGAUUACGUAUAUAAUCAUAUUUUCAUUUCUGUUAUACAAUCACUUAUUAAGAAGUCAUUGGUACAUAAAACAGGUACAUAAUUUAAUCAUUUUCUGAAUUAAACAAGUUAACAGUUUUUAAUGCAUUCAGUCAUCUGAUGAAUGGUUACAAAAUAGCAAUAAUUUAAAGUUUACGCGCCGUUUUUGGCCAUAUCUCAAAAGUUGGUUUUUGUCAUUUAGCCGCAUUUUAGCUUGAGGACGGCAGAUUAGAACAAAACAAAGGAACGCGAAACAAUCACGUCGUCUGUACAAGUUUUUGGCGCUAAAAUCCAGCCGAAUACUUUUGCCUAAUAUUCGGCUAUUCGGUCAGGGGCCUCGCCGAAUAUUCGGUAUUCGGUAUACUGCCGAAUAUACUAUUCGUUGCAAGUCUAUUCAUUACUAAUGUACAAAGCUGUUAUUUUACAGUAACUUAUAAUGAAUAAGGUCAGUAAGGUGAACAGAGUCAAAAGUUGUGUUAAUUAAGCAAUUUAUAAUGUAAAGGUUGUAUCUCAUUUUAUUGCAGACAUAAAUAAUUUUUAAAUCAAAAAAUAACGUCCUUGAAAUGACGAAGGAAAUGCUGAGCUUAAUUUUUGUAUUUUCACGAUUCUAUGUCCAAUAUCUCUAUACUGUAGUUUUGUCAGUCUGAUCUUACUGAAAAUUUUCUUCUCUUCGUGACACUGGAAAAUUGAACCUUAUAUCGCUGGCUUAGAGUAUAAGAGUAGAGUUCGUUCAGGUCCGUAAAUGGUUAUUAUAGUUGCUAAUGCAUUUUAAGUUCUACAAUGAAUGAAUAAGGACAAUUUUUCAGUGUUUUAUUAAACAUAAUAUUUUCGCACUACUCCAAGUCAAACUGACUUGUGCCGAACAUUGGAUGGCCCAAUACACAAAUGCACAAUUAAUGUAAAAUCCGAAUCGUAAUUUGUAAUAAUAUAAUAAGUAAUAGAUAAGCAAUUAUGUUGUAAAACAACAUUGUAUAAAGUGAAUCAUAGGAAUAAAUAUGAGUGAUAGUAAACUGCAAACUAAUGUGACUACUAUAUUUAUUGAUAUUGUACAUUUUUGUGUUACAAAUAAAUCGAAUCAAAAUCUCAGCGGUUCUUUUUUAUUGAUCUGAAACAUCUUUUGGCGCACGUAAAACCGAUUUCUGGCGUGGCGCGUCGCCCGUAAAAUGCAAUAUAUACCCGUGCUCAACUACUCGCCGGUCAGUACGCCAGCGCCCUUCGAGGCAGGAUUACAGGAAUAGGGUCAUCCAUAAAUUACGUCACAUUAAUUUAAUGAUUUUUUGCUCCUUUCCCCGUUCUUGUUACAGCUGGUCACAUUUGUGAGACUCCCCUCCCCCCCUACCUAGUGUGACGUCACAUAUUUUGCAAUUUACAUUUAGAAAUUAUUGAAUGAGAACAGCGAUUCCGUAAUCAGUUUUAUUUCCAUUUAAAUUAUUAUUUAAUAACAUUAACAUCAAAUCAAACAACAAAACAAACAGCGAUUAAUUAUAUUAAUUAAAAAAUUACCAACAAAAAACCAGUAACUACGAUAAUUAAAGAAAUUAACAAAACAAAAAAUAUUAAUAGCGUUAUAUUUAAAUUAAAGAUACAAACUUAAAAAAUCUUGAGUCCAUGGACAUUGAACUUACUCCUUUAAAUUAUUUAUAACUGGCAUAGAGCAGCCACUUUGUUCUCGUUUGGGUUGUUAAUGUUUCAGUAAAGUAAUAGUUAAAAGUUCUUGGAUCAACACUUAGAUUGUAAUAGAUUUUGAAAUGUGACGUCACGAAAUUUAGGACCCCUCCCACCCCCUUGUCACACUUUGUCGACCCCCUCUCUCCCCCUUAACGUGUGACAUAAUUUAUGGAUGGCCCCAAUUCUUAAAUUUCUCGUCGAAAUUUUUCUAGCUUUAAGCUGCAAGGCAGCGCCAUCUCUUUGCAUUGUAGGUAACCCACGAUUUUUUCGACGCGACUAAUAGGGCCGUGGUAGCAUAAUGGUCAGUGCAUUCGCCCGGAUAGCGAAGGAUGCGGGUUCGAGUCCCGUCCGCUGCCUGGUCCGCGUGGAUUUUUUUCUAGUAAACUUUUCUUUAGAUUUAAACAUCUAGCAGUUAAAUGCUUAAAAAAUAAAUAAAAUCAUAACUGUAAAAACAUUUUUUUUAUUCACGAUUUGUCAUGAAUUUUAUUUACUUAUUCGCCAUUUGUUAUCAAGAAAAGGACAACAAUAUAGCUCAGCUGUUUGUAGAGAGGGAAAAGUAAACGCAGUCGGUUGCCAAGCGCAGUGGCGGCGCUAGACCACAUGUGGACGUCGGCGACAUCAAGUUCGCGAGGCCUAUUUUACUUCGCAGUAAAAAAAAAGGUAAAUUUAAAAAAUCAAAAAACCCGACUGCUUAAUUAUACUUCAAAUAAAAACUGAAAAGAAAAAAACAAGUCCAGUAGUCUAUAAUUCUGUUAAUAAGGAACAAAGCUACUUUAACAGUCGGGACCCAUUAGAUAU